AAGUUUCCACAUCCAAGAUGAAUUCAAUCGUUAUAACUGGAUGUAAUAGAGGUUUAGGACUCGGAUUGGUUAGAGCUUUAACGAAGUUGGAGAAUCCACCGAAGCACCUUAUAACAACAUGUAGGAGCAUUGAAAAGGCGAAGGAAUUAACGUGUAUCGCAGAUGAACACAAAAACGUACACGUCUUACAAUUUGAUCUUCAUAAUUUAACUACAUACGAUGCUUUUGCUAAAAAAGUCGGAGAUAUAGUCAAAGAUGACGGAUUAAACGUUCUGUUUAAUAACGCUGGUGUUUCGCCGAAAUAUGCGAGGAUAGGACUCGUGAAAGCUGAGCAUAUGAGUGAUACUUACCUAACAAAUACGAUAGCACCAGUCAUGUUAACGAAAGCUUUAUUACCUCAUUUAAAACUGGCCGCUCAAAAAAAUGCAAACAAAUCGAUGGGUGUGGAAAAAUGUGCCAUAAUUAAUAUGUCCUCUGUGUUAGGGUCAGUUGAUAAUAAUCAAGAUGGUGGAUUAUACCCUUAUAGAUGUUCAAAGGCCGCUUUAAACAUGGCUACAAAGUCGAUGAGCGUCGAUUUGAAGAACUUUGGAAUACUCGCCACUUGUAUUCACCCGGGAUGGGUUAAAACGGAUAUGGGUGGGAAAAAUGCCCCCUUAGACGUGGAAACUUCCACCGAGAAAAUCGUUAAUUUACUUUUCCAACUUAAAGAAACACACAAUGGCAAUUUUUAUCAGUUUGAUGGGGUUCAAGUCCCGUGGUAAUCGAAGAACUUAUUGAAUUUUCUAUGGAUUCAUUUUUAUUUUUGUGGUAUUAAAUUUUAAAGUGAAUAAAUUUAAAAUUUAUA